CCCUCCUGCUCGCGCGGUGUCUCUGUUGUAGCCAAAGUAGCUGCUUGCUGAACCAAUCCACCGCAGUGCCUGGGACACACUGAGUGAAAGAGAGUGAGCGAUUUUGGAGGAUGGGUAACGGGGCUUAACCCAAACCACACAGGAGAGAGGGACCGGAGCCCACCAAGCCUCCCUGGUGUGAGGGUUCUUACUGACGUCUGCGCACGACUCUCGUGGCAUGAUGAGCUCGUGCAGUAGCCGUGCGCUGACCAUCCUGUCCACGGUGUUUGGAGCCUGCGGCCUGCUCCUGGUGGGGGUGGCCGUGUCCACGGACUACUGGCUGAUCAUGGUGGAGGGCAUCAUCCUGCAGCAGAACCAAAGCAUGGAGGUGAAGAUGGCGCUGCAUUCGGGCCUCUGGAGAGUUUGCUUCGUGGCCGGAGCAGAAAACGGGAGAUGUGUUGCAUCGGAGUACUUCACUGAACCAGAUAUAGAGAUCACCACGGAAAACACAGCAAAUAUCCUCAAGAUGGUGCGGACAGCCACGCCCUUCCCGAUGGUGUCGCUGCUCUUCGUCUUCACGGCCUUCGUCAUCAGUAACAUCGGGCACAUCCGGCCGCAGCGCACCAUCCUGGCCUUUGUGUCCGGCAUCUUCUUCAUCCUCUCAGGCCUCAGUCUGGUGGUCGGCCUGGUGCUCUACAUCUCCAGUAUUAACGAUGAGGUGAUGAACCGGCCCAGGGAGCCCGAGCAGUUCUUCAACUACCAUUAUGGAUGGUCCUUCGCAUUUGCUGCCUCCUCCUUCUUACUCAAAGAGGGGGCCGGGGUGAUGUCAGUCUAUCUCUUCAUGAAGCGCUACGCAGAGGAAGAGAUGUACCGACCCCACCCUGCGCUCUACCGCCCCCGCCUGUCCGAGAGCAGCGACUACAGCGGUCAGUUCCUCCACCCCGAAUCGUCCUGGCCCCCACCGAAGCGGGGCCGCAGCACCUCCGAAGCCUCCAGCGACAUCUCCAUCCAGCUGAACCAGGCUCCCCCGGUGCCCCCCAAGAGCAGCCUCCAGGGGCAGGGCAGCCCGCCUUCUGGGUCUUCUUCCGCAGGGAGUUACCAAAUGCCCCCGCAGUCUGCCGGCUACCCCUCCACACACACGCUCACCAGGUCGCACGCCUCACAUCCCCAAGGCCAGGUCCUUCCCAUGGCCAUGCCCCCGUCGCCCGCGCCCCCUCCUCACUAUCACACUCACAUGCACAUGAGCGCCUCCCCCUGUUAGGAAGAGAGAGCACUAGGUAGGGAAGGAGAGACACUGGCUCCUUAGAAUCACGUAGGCCGUACAUUUAGAUGUGAAUGAGAGUAAAAUCUGAGUUUGGAGCACAGAUCAUGUGAGGUUUGGUGAAGAGAGAGGUGGUCACACAGAAUAAAAUCAACCGAGGACAAAGAGGGGGGGUGGAGAUUUUAACGGGAUUAUCGAGGUAUGCCAGAAAAUGCGAUGGACGGAGAAAAUGAAAAAGAACUGAAGAUUGGAAAAAAGGAAUUCAGUUUGGCAUGAUGGGAAGAGGUAAAAAAGUGAUUAAGACUUUAGAUAGAGGUUAGGUUUAGUGACAGAGGAGAUGCAAGGGAGGGAGAGCGAGGGGCUGCGGCACAGCACGAAGAUACUGCAGUGCUGCAGGAGAUUUGUAUGCAUCGAGAAAUGUACAAUGCAAAAGCCUGAUCACAAAGACUGAGGAUGCACAUUUUUAUACAUACAUAAUUCAUAAAAUACACAGACUACAUACCUUAUACCAAAAGGUAAAUAAGGUUAAAUAUAUUCUGGUCUUAUCUGAAUUUCUUACUUCAUCAAUCCAGUUUCAGAACUCACAUUUUCUCAAAGUAAUAUUAUUAUUGUUAAUAUUAUUAUAUUAAAAGUUAAAAGGUAUUAGGUAACAAUAGAGCAGUUCUGAAAUAGGAACACUGUAUGUGAAUGCUGUUAAUAUUUGUAAAAAAAAAAAAACUGUGGACUGAUAUAUCAUAAGGAGAAAAUCUAACGUUUGUUUUACAUAUUUGAUUAAGAUACAAAUUUCUAAAUGUAUAUAUAUAUAUAUAUAUAAAUGUAUAUAAAACUGCACACAGGGACUUGUAGCUGUUGUAGAUUGUGAAUGAAGCUUAGGCACAAGUCACAUUUAGAAAAUGUCUGACUCAUUCUGCUUUGGAUGAAGACUGCAAAAAGCGCACUACAACCACCGCUGCAGCGAUGGGGAGGAAGAGGAUGAGGAGGAGGAGGAGGACUCACCCGACACGGAUGAGGCGGUCUGAUGCCCUCUUCUGGCCACUGUUCAGCACUGACCUUGGAUCAGAAGGGGCCCCUGAUCACUACUUGUUGGGCCCUGUUGUGUGUCAGUUGAUGGUGCAGCACAGAGCACAUUGAACAAGACGCAUUCUUCAAAGACUGGUUAGAAGUAUUUUACAGUGCUGUUUAAACAUCGGGAAAACUCACAGAUGAAAGCAUUAAUAACAAUUACAAUUGAGGCUCAAAGGACAAUAUCACUGUUUAUGAAACGCAAGCUCUUGUGGACAAAGUAAAGGCUGUUCUUUAAUUCCAAUAUAUUUGGUUUCCAUUGGUGACGUUGCAUUGUGCUAAAGAUUUCUCGAGUAUCUGAAGGUUUGUGUUUACAUGAAAACGUGAUAUUGAGUUCUCUUGAUUAGGACUGGAUCAAAUUAUUUUCAUGAUUGCCUUAUUACUCUAUAUAUUUAUUGUUUGACCCGUGGAAAUUCUGAAAACAGUGAAAAAACGGCCAGCGUAACGUUCCAUGGCUCAACGCUAUUUAUUUAAUUUGUCUGUUUUUUUCAACCAAUAGUCCAAAAACUAAUGUUUUCGAGCAAAGACGUCAAAGAAACUCAUUAUAUUUUGCUUUGAAAAUGACAAAAGUUAUUAAUGUACUUUCAAAAUAGUGCUGAUUAAUUAUUUUGACGGACUGAUCCUUUAACAUCACAUUAUAGCAGUAUAACACAUUUGAGCCUACUCUGUCAUGCACAUGUUGUGUUUUAUUUUGUAUAAAUAUAUUUUCAGAUGCUUUAGAAACUUAAAGUUCAAGUCAAGUCACUCUUAAAUACUGUACAGUAUCUAAACCAUGCAGAGUAGCAAUCUUGGACAGAAAAGCAGGACCUGCGUAUCAAAAAUAGAAGAAUAGUUGUUUUUAAGGCACAUCAUGCACAGGGACACAUCGAUGCGAUAUGUCUCUGUAAUGAGAAUUAAACCAUUGUGCAGUUGUGUGAUGGCUGGUUUUCAUCAUCACUGCGAUGCUGGAGAGAGGGAAACACACAGAGGAUGUGUGUGAUGAAAGUGUCUCACACUUCCAGGGUUGAAUAGGAAGUGAGAUGCUGGAGAUAUCUCCGUGCUGCAGCCUCAUGCAGGCUUCCUCACGGCCCUGUUCUUUCUUCUCACAUUGGCACAGAUUGGUACCUACGUGAAGCCCAGUGUAACUACAGCCUUCUGUUGAUAGUUCAGCCUUUAAAGUUAAGGGGUUAAGUGCCUUGCUCAAGGGCACCUGAGCAGUAGCUGUUGAAGAAGAUCAAGAUCUAGAUAAAACCUGCUUGUUUGAAUCCACCUUUGCAUCCUUUUUGACUAUUGAUGACCCCAACAUGACCUUUGUGACUGUGGACAACUCUUUGAUUCACUUAUUUCCAUUAUUCAUAGAACCAUUUGAUAGUCGUUCGCUGCCUCUUAAACUGCAGCAGCUCUUUCCCUAUUCCUCCCUGUACCUCUUGGUUUCUCCCUCUCUACUACCCCCAGCUUUUCUAUUUGCCUUUACGUGACAUAUAGCAUUACAUAAAAGGGUGUAGCUGUGCUUGCCUCUGCAGAAACUGUGGACUUAUUGCACAUGAAAAAAAGCAGUAAAACAAAUGCUUCAGUGGAACUGUUGCUUUAUGAUCUUGAGUUACAUAAUUCAAUAGCGGCUGUGAUUAAGAUCCAUGUUGGAAAAUAAACUUCAAACCUGGGUUCAUUUCAACCUGUCCCCUCCCUCUGGUUAUCUGCUUCUGAAUUUAUACCUUUAUAAUAUUGGUUGUUAAUUGUUUCAUCAACGUUUUGUUAAUUUCUUUAAGGGUUUACGUGACAAGAUGAAGAUAAGCCUUCAUAUUAAUGUGAACUGUAAUGAGCAUGCUCUAAUAAUAACAUGAUAAAGAGUGUUUUCUAAUCUGGUCUCUGUGAUGAACUAUGUGAGUGAGCACUGCACUGCGGUGAACCACUGGAUGUGAACCAGGCUCCCUCAGUCACAGCGAGCCACCGCCGCCUGAAGGCAACAAUUGAUCAGUGCCGUGUGUGUGUGUGUAAGCGUUUGUGCGUGACUGGCUGUGUUUGUUGGCAUGUGUACGCAUGAAGGUUUGUAAUUGUUUGUCAUAACCCACCUAAAGAAAAAGCAUAAAAAAAAUAAAUAAUGAAUUGUAAUUUAUGAUAAGUUAACUUAAAGGGAAGUGAAAAUUCCAAUUAAAAUCUGGUUUGUAGAAGA